AUGGGUUUAUUCGACAAAGUUAAAAACGCUGUUGGUAACAACGACGGUGGUGACAAUGACUACAUCAAGAAAGCUGAAGGUUACAUUGGUCAAGAUCGUGUUGAUCAAUUCAAAAACAAAGUUGGUGAAGAUAACUACAACAAAGCUGAAGAAGCCGUCAGAAGCAAAUUUGGUAACACUUCUUUGAAUGAUAAAGAUGACAACAAAUCUUCAAACAGAAAAGAUGACAAUGAUUCAUAUGGCUCAAACUCAGAUUCAUACGGUUCUUCAAACAAAAAGAACAAUGAUUCAUAUGGUUCUUCCAACUCAGAUUCUUAUGGCUCAUCAAACAACGAUUCUUAUGGUUCCUCAAACAAAAAUGAUUCUUAUGGUUCCUCAAACAAAAACUCAUCUUCAUAUGGUUCCUCAAGCAGAAAUGAUGAUGAUGAUUCAUACGGUUCUUCCUCAAACAAAAACAAGAACUCAUCAUCUUAUGGUUCUUCUUCAAACAAUGAUUCUUAUGGUUCAUCAAACAAAUCUUCAUCUUAUGGUAAUGAUAAUGACAACUCUUAUGGAUCAUCCUCAAACAAGAACAAAAACUCAUCAUCUUCAUAUGGUGAUGAUAACGAUAAUUCAUAUGGUUCAUCUUCUUCAAAGAAGGAUAAAGAUUCUUAUGGUUCUUCAUCUUAUGGUUCAUCAAGCAGAAAUGAUGACGAUUCAUAUGGUUCAUCAAAUAAGAACAAGUCUUCAUAUGGUUCAUCAAAUUCAGACUCUUAUGGUUCAUCAAACAAGAAAGAUUCAUAUGGUUCAUCUAAUGACUCUUAUGGCUCAUCCAAAAAAGAUUCAUACGGUUCUUCAAACAACGAUUCAUAUGGUUCAAACUCAGACUCUUAUGGUUCAUCAAACAAAAACUCUUCAUACGGCUCAUCUAGCAGAAAUGAUGAUGAUGAUUCAUACGGUUCUUCAAACAAAAACAAAUCCUCAUAUGGCUCUUCAAACAAUGAUUCCUAUGGUUCAUCCAACAAGAACUCUUCAUACGGUUCAAACUCAGACUCAUACGGUUCAAACAACGACUCCUAUGGCUCAUCCAACAAAAACUCAUCUUCGUACGGCUCAAACUCUGACUCUUAUGGCUCUUCAAACAAGAAUAAAUCCUCAUAUGGUGGGUCAGACUCUUAUGGCUCUUCAAGAAACGAUGAUUCAUAUGGUGGUUCCAAUUCUAAUUCAAGCUAUGGUGGUAACUCAGGUUCAAACUAUGGUUCUUCGAGAAACAAUGAUUCCUAUGGUUCUUCAAACUCUGGAUAUGGUAACUCCUCUUCAAGAAAUGAUUAUUAA